AGUUUAUGUUUUUAACAGCAACAACCCAGGGGGGAACAUGACCCUCCACCCCUCCCUUCCUCAACCCAGCCUGCUCGCCUCAUCGGCAGGACUCGCUGCUGUAACACGAUGCUGCUGCUGCUUCUUCUUGACUCGCUCACAUGGUAAAUGGAAAUUUCCAUUCUGCUAAAUGCUCCGGACCUGAGAAUCCUGCUUUCAGAAGCCCACCUCUCCCUCUGCCUGCUGCAGCUGCGCUCCGCCACCGCCGUCAUAAAAGGGUUUUUUUUUUUUUUUUUCAUUUUCUAGGGCAUCGACAUUCAGUCAAGCUUGAAGAAGAAACAUUUUGCGUCAACUCUUUGUGACGACUGAGCGCCGAACAAUCGACCGAAACAAAGGAUCCUCGCCUCUCGUCCCGCUGCCUCCGUCAUAAUGCCUGGAGUUAGGGAACUCAUGGAGCUGAGGAGGGUCCCCACGGAGGCUGACGAUGAUAGCACCACCAGCUUGGAGGAACAUUUCAGAGGCUCCAUUGAUGUGGAGAAGUCCACCAUCGCCAGCAGUCAAUACAUAGACGAAAAUGACGAUGGGGAAGAUGACAGGUUCUUAUCAAAUGGGCUGAUGAAGAAGAAGAAAUAUGAGGAAGAAGAAUAUCAUCCGGGCCACGCCUCCUUCGGCAUGUCGGUCUUCAACCUGAGCAACGCCAUCAUGGGCAGCGGCAUCCUGGGCUUGUCCUACGCCAUGGCCAACACCGGCAUCGUUCUCUUUACAAUCCUCCUAGUCGCUGUGGCCAUCCUCUCCUUAUACUCCGUUCAUCUUCUCCUCAUGACGGCAAAAGAAGGAGGAUCUCUGAUCUACGAGACGCUGGGGCACAAAGCGUUCGGUUGGCCGGGAAAAAUGGCUGCCUUCAUAUCGAUAAUCAUGCAAAACAUUGGAGCCAUGUCCAGCUACCUCUUCAUCGUGAAGUACGAGCUCCCUGAAGUCAUCCGAGCCUUUUUACACUUAGAGGAGAAUUCAGGGGAAUGGUACCUAAACGGAAACUACCUGGUGGUGUUCGUGUCCAUCGGAAUUAUUCUGCCGUUGUCCCUCCUGAAAAAUCUGGGUUACCUGGGCUACACCAGUGGUUUUUCACUGUCUUGUAUGGUCUUCUUCCUGGUUGUGAUUAUCUACAAGAAGACCCAGCUGCCCUGCCCUCUCCCUUUCAUGUACUCGUCCAACCUCAGUACGAACGCCAGCGACAUUUCCAGGCUGUACGCGCUACGACACAACAUGUCGCAGAUGGACUUCUCGCGGGCCGACGUCUCCCCAGUGGUCACCAGCAACCAGGGCGACCACCACACCACGAGCGUCCACUUUGAGCCUCACCCCGACGACGAGGAGAUGUGCAGGCCCAAAUACUUCGUCUUCAACUCUCAGACUGCGUACACUGUCCCCAUCCUGGCCUUUGCAUUUGUCUGCCAUCCUGAAGUGCUGCCCAUCUACAGCGAGCUAAAAGAUCGCAGCCGGAAAAAAAUGCAGAGCGUCUCCAACCUGUCCAUCCUGGCCAUGCUCAUCAUGUACAUGCUGUCGGCUAUGUUUGGCUACCUCACCUUUUAUGACUUUGUGGAGGCCGAGUUGCUGCACACCUUUACCAAAGUUUACAAGUUUGACACCAUGCUGCUCCUGGUGCGCCUGGCUGUCCUCACCGCCGUCACGCUCACUGUCCCCAUCGUGCUUUUCCCUAUCCGMUCCUCCAUCACCACGUUGCUCUUCAAGGGCCGUGACUUCAGCUGGACGCGCCACCUGGUGAUCGCCGCRCUCAUCCUGGCCUUCAACAACAUGCUGGUCAUCUUYGUUCCCACAAUCAGGGACAUCUUUGGCUUCAUCGGUGCUUCUGCAGCUACAAUGCUCAUCUUCAUCCUUCCUGCUGCCUUCUACCUCCGCCUGGUUAAGUCGUUACCAUACAACUCCUGGCAGAAGAUUUGGGCGGCGGUCUUCCUGGCCGUGGGGGUGGUCUUCAUGAUUGGCAGCUUGUCGCUGAUCGUUCUCGACUGGAUCAGUCACCCACCCGGCACCAGCCACGCCCAUUAAAGACCCCUCCUCCUCACUUUUGGAUUUAUAUUUAAGAAAGCAGCAGUCAUCCCUUUUCCAGCCACACCACAAUCUUCAUCACUUCCCUCGAUUGAAUUAUUCAGAAAACCUUCAGUGUAUGGACCGGAUGUGCUGCAUCCWCAGAACAUCAUUUGGAGGACUUUUUUUUUUUCUUUUGUACGUUAGAAUGUAACAACUUCAGACUUUGACGUAAUACGCCGUUACAGGCAGUCUGGAAUCAUCUUUGCGAUGGCGAUAUCGUACUUCCAGCUGUGAAGAUACUGAGCAAAUCUUUCACUUGAAGAACAGAAUUGUGAUUGGACCGCAGGGCUGGAACAGGUGAUGGCGUUUCCCGCAGUUUUCCUCCUUCUUCUAAAAUUAAGCUACAUUUACAAAUGGAGUGUGUCGUCACCCAUGAAAAACAAGCACUUCGAUUACUUUUCACUUUAUGCGGAGAUGCAGUAGACACCCCCACUCAUAAAAUAUAUGCACACAUAUCAAWACGUGUAAUUCUACUGUCCAUGAAAUUAAUCAACGAAGACGGUUAAGCGGAAAAAUUAUCCUUUUUUUCCCCCUGCCACUUACAUUUAUUUAAAAAAA